UCCUCAGAGGAAGCACGAGCUGCUUAGCUCCGGACUUCCUGUUUCAUGCUCGGCUGUUGGCAGCUAGAGAGGGAUGAGGUCCACGAAAGAUAAUAAAACUACUCAAUGAAACCGGAAUUAAAGAGCACUCAAAAUGAGCUGGAUUCCAUUCAAAAUUGGACAACCAAAGAAGCAGAUUGUCUCAAAAACUGUUGAAAGAGACUUCGAGAGAGAAUAUGACAAGCUCCAAAAGCUGGAGGAUCAGACAAAAAAGCUUCACAAGGACAUGAAGAAAAGCACCGAGGCUGAUUUAGCUAUGUCCAAAGCUGCAGUGAAGAUCUCUGCAGACCUGCUGAGUAACCCGCUGUGUGAACAGGACCAGGCCUUCUUGGAGUCCAUGACUGCCUUAGAUACAGCCAUGAGAAGGAUGGAUGCCUUCAACCAGGAGAAGGUCAACCAGAUCCAGAAGACAGUUAUCGACCCUCUGAAAAAGUACGGCGGCGUCUUCCCCAGCCUCAACAUGGCAGUGAAACGGCGGGAACAGGCGCUGCAGGACUACAAACGACUGCAGUCUAAAGUGGAAAAGUAUGAAGAGAAAGAAAAAACCGGACCCGUUAUGGUCAAACUGCAUCAGGCCAGAGAGGAGCUGCGACCAGUCAGAGAAGACUUUGAGGCCAAGAACAAGCAGCUGCUGGACGAGAUGCCCAAGUUCUACCACAGCCGCAUUGACUACUUCCAGCCCAGUUUUGAGGCUCUUAUCAGGGCGCAGGUGGUUUAUUUCACCGAGAUGUACAACAUCUUCAGCGACCUCACAGACCAGAUCGACCAGGCAGGGUUGACUGAUGAGCAGAGGGAGAGGGAGACCGAGGCCAAGCUCAGCGAGUUGCGUGCACUGUCCAUUGUCGCCGACGACUGAGAGAGGCGAGCAGAAAAACCGGGAAGGGCUCCUUUCAUGCCUCUCUGAAUGGAUUGCACUCUUUUCAGGCUCCUUCGCACAGCUCAAACGGACAGAUGAAGCCUUAACCUGAUUAUCACUUUGUUCUUUUAUGGCCUCAUCACCCCUCAUUCCUCUUGCACUAUUUUCUCAUGUCUCAUUCCCUCUACAGAAACUCUGUGCAGCUGAAAUGCCACAUUAACUAAGCCAUCAGCCAAGUGCAACAUUAUAAGCCAAUAUGUUUUUUUUUUCAGUAAGGACUCAAACAGUUCUCGUUAGAGCUAAUUAACAGGGUUACACUUCUUGGUUUCAGAGACGUCUAUAAACAUUUGUUUCCAACGGAGGAAAUGAGCGCGGAAGUGUUUUUAUUAGUCUCAUCUGCUAUGAUACCAACAAUCUGUGAAAUACACUUUUUAUUACCCCACUCUGAAAUUACAAACACUACAGACUGAAUGUUAUUUAAAGUACCACUGCUAAUCAGCAAGAAAAUCUGUUUCUCUUUAGUUUUUUGUUUUUUUGGCCUUUGCUUAUUAUUUUCAAUAUUAGCUCUGUGCCAUGUUGUUUUAGGGCUUUUUACCGGGGUCUACAGGAUGAUAUUAAAAGCAUCACCUGUGCUUUAUGUGCCUGCAUUUUCCUGGCUGUGGAUGUAAUACAAAAACGUGCUAAGUGAGAUGGUACCAGUGAAGCAGCGUCCAAAGGUCGAUCACUCAGGCUGCUGGGAGAAUAACUUGCUGUUUACAGGGGAACAACUGGCUAAAACAAAGACUGGUGCUCCCUCUGGUGGAGAAUAAAAGCAAUGACACACUUUUCUUUUAUUCACACCAGCCGUCAAUUAUGCUAUUGUUGUGUAAAGCUCAUGUUAGCAAGGAAUGUAAGUGUUACAGUUUUAUCCAAGGCUGUUUUUAUAUUUUAGACUUUACACAAAGAAAAAAUAUUCAAAGCUGCAGACGUACUUUUAGUGAGUCAGAAAUGUGCUUGUAUGUUACUACUCUCUACUAGCAAUGUAAGCAAUCAGAGUAUGGAUUCUCACACCUCUGAUUGCUUUUUAGAGAGUCCUGUCUUUGUACCGUCUGCAUACAGGCGUCUUUCUUUCAUUUAGGACCAAAUCACAUCAUCAUCAUCAUGCUCCUUUGUUUCCACAUUCAGCUCGUACAGCCUCAGUAUGAUGAACACAGUCAUGUUUGUUAAAGUUCAGUUUGUGUCAGUCAGCAUUAGAAAUUUCUACCUGCAUAAAAAACAUGGAAGUUGUAUGAAAAUUAAGAAAUGUUUCGAGAUGUGAGCUUAAGCUUUAGUUUACCACGCCCACCCUUAUUGAAACAAUACAGUAAUGUGUAUACUCAACAGAAGCUCUCAUUUAAUGUUAGUGGAUUUUUUUCAUCAACAUUUUUUUCAUCUAUUUAUCUUUUACAGGCUUGUUUUCAUUUCAGAUUGUCAGAGAAAAAAUAGUGGGUGGUCUGUCUUUGUAUCCUGUCAUUUAAAAGUUUAAAUGAAGAAUUCUUUUUUUUUGUCUAAAUUAAUGAAGUUUUCAGGUGUAGUAGUGGUUCUUUAAAACUCGAGUAAGUAAAUAACAUUAGAUUUUAACUUACAUUUUAGAUGUAUUAAUUUAACACUGUGUAAGGAGUGUCAUCAGCUGUCAUGUCAUUUUGCAAUCAGCCAUGUAAUAAAUUGAUAAAAUCAAUGACAAUGUCACCUUAAUCCGUUAUCCAGUAAAUUUAGAUGUCCACUAUGUGUAAGAGGUAUGAUUAUUAAAAAAUGAGACUAA